ACCAUUUCUUGGACUGUUUUGUUUGCUUACUUGGAUGAGAAGGGAACUCCAAUGUCUUACAUGCCCACAAUCUUGAAACAACCAAUAGAUUUGUUCCAUCUCUACAUGAUAGUACAGGCAUUGGGUGGAAUGUUAGAGAUUCAGGCAAAGAAAUGGAAAGAGAUUUGUGUUUUGAUGAAUUUCCCCGAGUCCGCAAGUGCAGCAUUUACUCUCAAGAAGAAUUAUAUGAAAUUUUUGUUCGCCUUUGAAUGCUGCUUUGAUCGUGGUGGAAUAGAUCCUGCUCUAAUUUUGGCGAUGGAAAAUCUGGAAAAGAAUCGUGUCAGAACAUGCAGAAUACGAAGAGAUGUUCAAAAAACGGAAGAGUUUUCUUACCAGAAUAUUUGCAAUGGAGAUAGUACAGUCAUACACGCUUCUGAGAAAGAUAUAAAGGCAUCCUAUAAUGAAGAAACUACUCCUGUAGACCAUGUCUGUAGUGCUGCACUAAAGAAGAAUUUGUCGCUACCAAACUAUCAUCUCAAAGAAGGCAGUCGGCUUCAAACAAACAUUCCUACUAUGUUCCAUAGAAAUGUUAAGAAGGAAAAGUCAGCAAGGAGAAAAAUUAAAAGGCUUCCUGAAAUUGAACGUGUAUAUAUUGGAAAUGGUGUAGCUCCUAUAUUUAAGGAAGGUACCAUGGCACAUGCAAAUGAAAAAGAACAUUCUAAGACUGCGGUAAAAUCUUGUUCCAUGACAGCAUUGGAUACUUUAGGAGAAAUCCCCAAUCUUCCAGAGCCAUUGGCCCCACCAUCAGUUGAACACAUACCAGAAUCUCUCAGUUUUAAACAAGUGUUUUGUGACAUCGAAACAACGUCUUUAUUUAUGUACACAGAAAUUGUACAAAUAGCGGCAGUUUGUGGAGAGGAAGAAUUUGAUCAGUAUAUAUUACCAUUAAGGCAGUUCGACCCGGGAUCGUCUAAAGUGACUGGAUUGACAUGUGAUGGGAGAAAUCUUUAUCAUCAUGGAACUGCUGUACGUACUCUAGAUCUUAGGUCAGCACUGGAACGAUUCUUGGGUUGGCUGGAUCAACUUAAACCUUGCAUACUUGUUGGGCAUAAUUUUAAAUCAUUUGAUUAUCCAAGAUUAUACAAAGCUUUCAGUAAAUUUCAUCUCAUUAAUUCUUUUCAUCAAAUAGUUGUGGGUUUUAUAGAUUCCUUUCCGUUAUUUAAAGCUAUAUAUCCGAAUUUAAAGAAUUACAAGCAAGAAACUCUAGUCGCUGAACUUGUCGGAGAAACUUACGAUGCCCACAAUGCACUGGGUGACGUAAGAAGUUUGCAAAAAUUGUUCAGUGUUUCUGACCGAAUCCCUCCAAACUUAUUAUGUGAGCACAGUUUCACUGUAGCUUGGUAUGUACAAUAUCAUAACUAUAAAACAAAAUGUAACAAAAUUGCUGAAUCAUUCAGCCAAAUAGUCAACGAGAAAAUUCUUAGUAAAACUACAAUAGAUAAGAUCGCAGUUAGUGGCCUCGAGUUAAAGGAUUUGAAACAAGUUUAUAGAAAAGGGGGAACCAAGGUUGUUACAGAAGUUUUGAAAAGCAGGUUAACUUUAAGCCGGUCAACAGUUGAUAAACUGAUAGAGUUUUUGGCAAAUAAAUCAAGUGUUGAUGAAUAUAUCCCAGGGCUAUAAAGCUAGAUCUUAUGAAACAAUUUUAUGAAAUUUGAAAUUUAAACACAAACGAAUAAUGAACAUAAACAAAAAAAUUUCGGAUAUAAAAUAUUAUGCAGGCAUUUUAACUUCGAACACACACCAUUUGCUCUGAAGAGAAUAUACUACUAUUUCUUUCAUACAAGCAUUUUGGUAAAGUAUUCUUUUAUGAAAUUGUAACUAUCAUUUUAUAACAACUAAAGAACUUUAUACACUUUAAUGGUCAUGGAAAGUUGGUAUUUAUGGUAUGUCCCAAAUGUCAAGCCACUGCCUUUUUACAAAACCGUACUUGGUACAAAAAAUAUUAAUUCAACUUUAAAAAUGGUAAUGAAAGUGGUGAAAUUUAUUGUCACUGAUAUUAUCAAUCUGACUAAAAUUCAGUUCUACCUAUUUCUGUUAUGUUGAUCUGAUUACGAACGUAUAUGUUUCGCCUCCUGAUUUCGUAUUUCCUGAGAAAGCUAUUUUUAACCAUGCAAUCAAACCGGUUUUUACAUAGGAAUUAGAAAAAGUAUCAAAAAAAUUUUAACAAAUUUACUUGAAAUAAUAGAGUCAAUUUUUAAUUGGCAAGAUUGUUUUGCCAGUUUACCUGUCGACUAUAUGGACAACGGCAAGUUUGUUCUCGAAAUCGUGACAAUUUCCUUCUCAGUAUUGGUUUUCCCAGCAUUAAAAUUAGAAACCGCAUCGCUUUCAAAAUUAUGAAAGCUCGUCGAUGAUUAGCUAUGUGAAAGAUCACUUCGUAAUUGGUCAGUUUUAGGUAAUUGGUCACUUUUAGAUCUAAAAGCGGAGCGUUAUGUAGAGCUAAUUUUAAUCAGAUUGCUGAUAUUAGUUAAUUACUGAUAUAUAGAAUUUAUCUAUAUAACAUAAAUUGUACAUUAUAAUAUUAUGUGCAUUUAUUUACUUAUUUUUGUAAAAAAGGAAAUCAUUUUAUUGACAAAAUUUUGUAAAUGGAAUGAAUUUAUUUUCGAUUAAGUUUUUGUAAUGAAAUAGUCCAGAGGCAUUAUUUUAUAUUUUUUAAAAAGAAUGCUUUAAUAUAAUGUAGUCUUCAGCAUUCUUCUACAACUUUCUGCUCAGGGAUGCGUUCUCAAAAUAUACCUCCCCUCUUCAGAAUAGUCUACACUCUUUAACACAUGCUUCCCCGCCUUAACUUGGUUCAAAAUUACCAUACCCUAUUCAGAAUAGGUUAUACAACUGUUACACUCUUCUUUGCCCCAACCUGAUUCAAAAUUCACAUUCCCUUUUGAAAAUAGGCUAUACCUCUGAUAUUCCUUCCCUCCUAACUUGAUUCAAAAUAUCUCCCUGAUGCUCUUUCCAGCCACUACUUGAUUCAAAUUUAUCCUAUCCUUUUGAGAAUAGGCUUUACCUCUCUGAUACACUUCACGACCCUGAACCCUCCACUUUUCAGAAUAGGUUAUGCCACUGUUACACUCUUCUCCGUCCCAACCCGAUUCAAAAUUGCCCUCUCCUUUUAAGAAUCGGUUGCACCCCUUUUCACACUUCCCCACCACAACUAGUACGGUUCAUGUAUUUAUAAGAAGCUAUGUGACAUAUAAUUAUAUUUAUGUCAAAUGCAUUAUUUCAUAUAUGCUUUUAUGAAUGCUAUUUUAAAUUUUCUUUUAUUUUCUUGUUACAUAAUUUUUAAGCUAUUUGUUGUAAUACAAUUUACUAGUUUUUGGUUGUUGUUGUUGUUUUUUUUGUUUUUUUUUAGAAAUUAUUAUUUAUGAUUAUAUAUUUACAUGUUUUCCAAAGCGACUGUAAUCUCUAAUUUUUUUUUUUUGCAAUAACAUGAAUAAUAAGUUGUCAUGUGUAUAUGUACGUAUAUCUAAUUUAGUAAGUGUAGUGAAGUUAAUUAAGAUUUUUACAUUGCAGCAUCUUUAAGAGAAUUUUACAUUGAAAAUGUGCCAGACUUCAAUAGUAUACACAUAAUUUCACAAUGCGUUAAAUGGAGUGAAGGCAUUAGUUACCUGUAUUUGAGUAACGGCACUGUCUGUCGGAUAAAGACAGAGUAUGAUUGUAGAGAGGCUACAUUUUUUUCUGGGGUAAACUUACUGUGAGGAUUAUUGAUAGAAAAGACAUAUUCAGGUGCAUUUACCAUUAGUUACAUUUAUUCUGGGAUUUCAUACUGUGACACAGGGCAACAGGGCUUUUUUGAAGCUAGAAAUUCUUUUAAGAAUUAUUAAGUGUUAAAAAUAAAAUCUUAAUAUAGUUCUCUUCUUAGAAAUUACAAGGCUCUAGAUAUAUUGUGCAUGUAACAUUGUCUAGUAUUUCUCAAAAAAAAUCUUGCAUCAUUGUUGUUGGCAAUUAAAAUGUAUAGUUUCAUAUACCAUUAUUUAUCAAGCGAGUGAUAAUAUAUAUUACAAUUUUUACUUAUUAUCAGCAUUGUACUAUAAUUGCUUUAUGCAAUAAAGUACUAUGCUUUAUGCAAUAAACUUUUCAUAUUCAAUGUAUUCAUAAAUGAACAAAUUCUUAGUUCUUUUGUUUAACUGUAAUUACUGUGGUAUUUAAGUAUGUUGUUUUUAUGGUUUGUUAAAUGUUUGUAAUGGAAACAACUUAAUAUCUUCACUGUUUUGUAGGUCAGUUAUUUAUUUAAAUUUUAGAUAAGUGAUAGAAAAAAUGUAACAUCUGUAUCUUAUCAUGACUGUAUAAUUAUGUAGCCAAAAUCAAAAUGUCAUAAUUUCUAUUAUUUAUGAUAUGUCCUUUUUAAAUGAUAGAAGCCUUUGUGAUUUUAUUCCACAAAUUUUAUUCAUGUAUGUAUUACUUUGGGGUUGUUU